UUAAUUAAUAAAAUUCUAUCUUACACAAAAGAAUUAUGGAAAACUUGAAGAAUGAUUGUCAUGUUCUUCUUGUAACAUUUCCAGGUCAAGGUCAUAUUAAUCCAUCUCUUCAAUUUGCCAAAAAAUUAGUUAAUUUAGGAAUACAAGUCACUUUUUCGACUAGCCUAACAGCUUUUAAUCGUAUUUCCAAGCUUCCAAAUAUCGAAGGAUUAAGCUUUACUCCUUUUUCUGAUGGUUAUGAUGGAAAAUUUAAAGGAUCACUAGAUGAGUUCGAGUCAUUUUAUUCUUCCCUAGUGAGUCAUGGUUCUAAAUUCGUAACUCAAAUCAUAGAAUCUAGGGCGGCUGAGGGCCGCACUUUCAAACGUGUCAUUUACACAACCCUUAUGGCAUGGGUUGGUAUAGUGGCUAAGGGCAUUAAUGUCCCAUCUACAUUUUUUUGGAUUCAACCCGCCACGGUCUUGGACAUUUAUUAUUAUUGCUUCACUGACUAUGCUGAUUGUUUUAAGAAUUGUUCUGAAGAUCAAGUUGUAGAUCUUCCAGGAUUACCUCAACUAAGUCCAUGUGAUUUUCCCUCGUUUGUGUUCACCGAUGUGAAUUCUAAGUAUGGUUGGGGAGUUAAGUCUAUCAUAGACCAAAUUGAGUUAUUGAAUAGUGAAGAAAAUCCAAGAGUACUUGUGAACACUUUUGAUGAUUUGGAAUUUGAUGCUUUGAGGGCAUUGAGGAAUUUAACUAUGGUUGGAAUUGGUCCUUCAAUUCCUUCAGCUUUUCUUGAUGGAAAUGAUCCUUUAGAUAAGUCAUUCGGAGCUGAUUUAAGAUGGAGUUCGGAAAAUUACAUGGAUUGGUUGGAUACAAUGACUAAAGAAUCUGUUAUUUACAUAGCAUUUGGUAGUUACACUGAGACAUCAAGUCAAUUGAUGGAGGAGAUAGGUCAAGGAUUGAUAAAAUGUGGAAGACCAUUUUUGUGGGUGAUUAGGGAAGAAAAAGAAGGGGGACAUCCAGAGGAAAAAAUGACUUGUAAAGAGGAACUAGAAAAACAAGGGAAAAUCGUGCGUUGGUGCUCGCAAGUGGAAGUGUUACAACACCCGUCUUUAGGUUGUUUUUUGACUCACUGUGGAUGGAAUUCGACUUUAGAGAGCCUAUCUUUUGGCAUGCCGAUCGUGGCGUGUCCGUUGUGGACCGAUCAAGGUUGCAACGCUAAGCUCGUUCAAGAUGUUUGGAAGAUUGGCGUCAGAGUGAAUGCCAGUGAAGAAGGUGUCGUCGAAAGAGAUGAGUUCAAGAGGUGUAUAGAUAUCGUGAUGGAAGAUGGAGAGAAAAGGGAGGAGCUUAAGAAGAAUGCCAAGAAAUGGAAGGAUUUGGCCAAGGAAGCUAUGAAGGAAAAUGGUUCAUCAAAUGUAAAUCUCAAAGCUUAUGUUAAUGAGAUUUUACUCGGUCAUUAAAGACGGUUCGAUGCACAAAAGUUUAAAAAUUCCCAUUCGUGCAAAGUCUG